GUUUUAUAAGUUUAUGAGCUAACCCGUGAGGCUAAGAUAGGUAAAACAGUAAUUUUGUACUAUGAUUUGGAGAACAUCUCAAUGCAGUGGCAGUUCAGGAGUGGCUGUUGGAGGCUCCAAAAGACUCCCUGCAGACAAAGGCAAGAAAAAAAAGAGUGUUCAUGACGAGGCAACUUUUAAAUCAGCACAAUUAGCAAUCCAAUAAAGGAAUCUUCCAAAUUCAUUGGAGAAUAAAAAACCACUCUUCAUCGUUUUACAGCAGUAAGAGGGGUUUGUUUGGGCUGCAAAGAAGUGGAAAAGAAGGAAGAGAAAAUGUCCUUGGGAAGUAUGAGAGAAGAGAGAGAAAAACAGAACUCCAUAAAUACAGAGCUAACAGAAUCCUCCCUUCACCCAACUCUUGGUUUAGAUUCUAAAUUUUUGUGGGUUUGAUCAACUGACGCAAGUAUGCAUAAAAAUCUUCUCCUUUUGUGGGGUUUUGUCUUUUUCCUCUAUGUCCUGAUGUGAUGGACAAUGCUGAGGGCAGCAAGAACAGAGACGACCUCUCUGGAGUCCAUAAGUUUGAGGAGAAUCACGACCAAAGGAUGGACUGCACAGAGGAUGCAAUACAAAACAGCCACCACACUCGCUCGUUUACAGACUCCAGAAUUCAGAUUUCUCCACAAAGCUUAGGCUCUCCUCAGUACGCUACAGUUUCCUUGUCAAGUCCUGGUCUGAUGCUACAGCCUCAACCUCAAUCUGUGCCUCAGAGUGCUGCUGCAUUCAUUGAAAAUGUGUUCCAUGAGACGAGGUCGCGUGUUAGGAUCUCAUGGAAUCAUGGUGGCAAUCAAGUAGCCAUUGUUGGAUCAUGGGAUAACUGGCAGUCGAGAGAGCUCCUGCAGAACACUGGUGAGAAGUUUGUGGUUGUUAAAACUCUGCCGGUCGGUAUCUAUCACUACCACUUUAUAGUUGAUGGUUGGUUGGUUUAUGCUCCAGAUCUACCUUGGUUUCGUAAUGAUUCAGGGAAUGCUUACAAUAUUUUAGACUUGCCGGGCUAUGUUUCUGAAUUGCCUGAAAGUAUGUUCGAGUUCGAAACUCCUCCGUCCCCGCCAUCGAGUUACGACAACCAAUACUUUAACGAAGAUGAUUUCUGCAGGCCUCCACCAGAACUACCUCCACAGCUGCAAGGAACCAUUUUGAACGAUCCAUCUUCUUCGGUUGAUGGUCGACCGUUGCCAGUUACGCCUCGAAAUACAGAACUAAAUCAUCUCUAUUUGCAGAGAAAUGUCCAAGAUCAGUUUUUAGCACUUGGAUCUUCUCAAAGGAUUCAUGAAAAGUAUUAUACUAUGUUUCUAUUCAAGCCUUUGUCAAGAACAAGGAAGUUGGUCGCCGGUGGGACCAAUCCCUCCCCUUCAACUUCCGUUACGUUGGUUGCUUACAAGUUGAUUCCGUUCCGUUCCGUCGAUUCCCAUUUGCCGGUGACCCCACGUCGCCAUUGGUUACUUCUCUGCAGUGGCCAAAGCUUGGUGAAUCGGAUUUGGGUCUGUGUCGAGGAGCUCUGAUUCUGGUUCAUGGGUUAAGGCGGAGAUCUGCUUGCUUCGGAGCUUGGAGGCUUUAAUGGAGGUUUUUAGUUCUUAAUCGGUUGAAGAGGAGAAUGAAAUAUUUCUUAUAAAGGUGCAAAAACCUUUUUUUAACAUUCAUAUUUUAAAAC